CCCAACCCCCCGGCGCUGCCCGCCCACAGCCGGGGAGCCCCGCCCGCCAGAGCUGGACCCCCGCGGGACGAACUAGCAACUCCACAAACUCCACAACAGGUGCUCCGUAGCACAGACGCAAAGCCACAAUGGCGGCACAACACUCGCAGAGGCCCCCGGCCCUCCCUCGCGUCCCGCCGCUCUGGCCCUCGUAGACCCCUGAGCCAAGACAACCCCUAACCCCCACCCAAAAAAAAAAAAAAAAAAAAAGGCUGUCACCCCACUUUUAGGAAAAAGGAACUUUCCCCCCGGUUGGAACAUGAGCGCGUACACGGUGUCGCUGCCCGGGCCCGGACCUUGGGGGUUCCGGCUCCAGGGAGGGAAGGACUUCAACAUGCCGCUGACCAUCUCCAGGAUCACGCCGGGCAGCAAGGCGGCGCACGCCAACCUGGUUCAGGGAGACGUCAUCAUGGCCAUCGACGGCGUGUGCACGGAGGGCAUGACCCACCUGGAGGCCCAGAACAAGAUCAAGAUGGCCACCUACAACCUGGCGCUCACCAUGACCAAGUCGAAGCGUCCUGUUGUCAUGCCAACGCCGAAAAUUGAUGCCGGCAUUUCCAUGAUCCCUCACCAGCAGGUUUUCAGCCCCCCUGCUCACAACGCCGGCACGGUUCUGAAGGAGAGCGGCGCCGCCGCCGCCGCCCACAAGGCCAUUGAGGUGACGGGCCCGGGGGGGAAGGCCACCAUCAUCCACGCCCAGUACAACACGCCCAUCAGCAUGUACUCGCAAGACGCCAUCAUGGACGCCAUCGCCGGGCAGACCUUGACCAAGGGCCACGACGCCGGUCCGCUUCCAGAGCGUCUGGUGGACAACGCCUCGCCCGUCUACCGGGCGGUCCUGAGCGCCGAGGAAGGGGAGGACGAGGACGAGCGAGGACGCCGCCGCCAAGUCAGCGCGCAGUCCAAAACCUUCCAGGCGCUCGCCAACAUGACUGGAACAGGGACGCACUCCGUAAUGGAGGGUGAGGACGAGGAGGACGAGGUGUUGAGCAAGAGCAGCCUGAAGCAUCAGUCGCCCGCCGGCAUCCAGCACAAGGCGGCCGUGUCCAGUCAGUUCGGUCAGCCCGCCCCGGCCGGGGCUGCCGCCCAGCAAGCCGCGCCCCCGCAGCGUUACCAGCAGGCCCCGCCCACUCAGCAGAGCUCCAUUCAGAUACCCGUCGGCUCCGCCCCUCCCAAGGUGGUCAGCACGGCCUGCAUCUACCCGUCGCAGCCGGCUGCGCCUCCAGCCCACGCGCCGCCCCAGCUGCUCCACCCUCACCCCGCCGCGCCCGCCCCCUCCCAGGCCGCGGGCGGCAACCGCCCCCCCUGGGUGACCGACAGCUCCUUCGCCGACAAGUUCGACCCGAGCAAGACCACCACCCACACCGUCAAGGCGCCGCCGCUGCCUCAGGCCGCGCCCCCGCCGCCCCAGUACAUCCCCAACCCCUCGGCCGCCGUCCCCGCUCCCGCCCCCGUCGCUCCCGGCCCCGCCCCCUUCCCCCCGGUGGCCAGAGGGGUGGCGCAACGGGCCGAGAGAUUCGCCGCCAGCAGCCGCACGCCGCUGUGUGGAGCCUGUAAUAGCAUCAUCAGGGGUCCGUUCCUGGUGGCGCUGGGCCGCUCGUGGCACCCCGAGGAGUUCAACUGCCACUACUGCAACAUGUCGCUGGCCGACGUCAGCUUCGUGGAGGAGCAGAACAGCGUCUACUGCGAGAACUGCUACGAGGAGUUCUUCGCCCCCACCUGCGCCCGCUGCAACACCAAGGUCAUGGGGGAGGUGAUGCACGCUCUGAGGCAGACGUGGCACACCACCUGUUUCGUGUGCGCCGCCUGCGGCCAGCCCUUCGGCAACAGCCUCUUCCACAUGGAGGACGGAGAGCCGUACUGCGAGAAAGAUUACGUGGCGCUGUUCAGCACCAAGUGUCACGGCUGCGACUUCCCGGUGGAAGCUGGCGAUAAAUUCAUCGAGGCCCUCGGUCACACCUGGCACGACACCUGCUUCGUGUGUGCGGUGUGUCACGUCAACCUGGAGGGUCAGCCCUUCUACUCCAAGAAAGACAAGCCUCUGUGCAAGAAGCACGCUCACGCCAUCAACGUGUAACCCGGCAACCGCACGCGUCCGCUCAGCUUCGCGUCUGCACGCGUGUGCGAAAGAAACACUUUGCUUGCAGGUUUUGACAAGUUUGGGGGUUUUCAUUCGUCUGCGCACACACACACACACGCACGCACGCGCACGCACGCACGCAAACGCUCGGUCGGCGUUCGACAUUAGCCACGAAGAUCUUGAAAAUGAAAUCAAUGUGUUUUUUUUUUUUGUUGUCCUAUUUCAUUGACUUCGUCAUGCUCUACUUCAGUUGGGAGAAAACGUCUCUGAACCAGAGACGGUCGGACACCUCAACGCAGAAUGUCCUACUUUAUGAAAACAACCUGAACAGAGCAGACUGCACCACCUUUUUGCAAACACUUCAACUGCCCACAGGCUGUCCUACACGUGUACAGAGCCCUGAAGUAACCACAGGGCUUUUCUCCACUAAGUCAUACAUCCAAACUAACAACGGACUGUUUGACUCCAUUUCAGAUUCCCCAAGUAACCAAAUACUGUCCUACAUUUUUACAGACCCCUAAACUAAACACAGACUGUCCUACGCUAUUUCAGACACCUGAACUAAACAUGGACUCUCCUGAUAUCAGGCCCCUGAAGUAACCGCGUACUGUCCUACACUUUUACAGGCACCCGAAGUAACCAAAUACUACACGUCAUUAUUACAGACCCCUGAAGCAAGCACAGCUUGUUCUACACUUUUACAGACCCCUGAACUAAGCACACUGUUGGUGACGCAAUUUCAACUGCCCAUCUGUGUGUCUCCAUGUGGGAAAUAGCCUCAAAUGUUCUGCAGUUUUUCUUUUGGAAUGCGUGCCAUGUAUUUUUCAAGGGUCACUCCUUCAUUUGGUGCUCAUCAAAAGUGAUUUAUUUAAUCUAAUUUGAGUUUCAUUAGACUGUUGUUUUUUUUUUCUAAAGCGUCUGGUGUGGCAUUUGUUUGUUUUUCUUUAUUUUGGUGAUUAUUUGGAGUGCAUACGACAAAGCUGCACAAGAAGCAUUUUUGUGUUUUAACGCUUGUAGAGGAAAUGCAAAGAAUUGACGACGUAUGUACUUUCUCACGUUUGCCUGCUGCUUUUAAGCCCGAGCGAAGCGCUGAAUGAAAGACGGAGGACACGAGCUCGCAAAUGUACCACAGUGUAAGGGUGCCUUAAACACACCGUGAGAGUGGCAGGAUUGCACGUCCACGUUUUUGAGCGUUUUCUACUCUGAGCGCGAAUGUGUGCGCAUGGCCCAUGUUUGUCGCCUGACUUUUUUUGCGUUUGUGCGACCGCUUCAACGAAGGACGGAAGCGAAAGAGGAUUAACUGAAGCCAAACAAGAGUUCUUCUCACCUGGAAUGAUUUCUCACACUUCAAGAAUUAUUUCUGCUGCAAGUGGAAUAAAGUCCAACAUUUGUUGCAAACGUCA